UCCACCGUUACCGAUAGCGAAAAUAAGAAAAGGAUUUGAGUGAAAAAAUAAUCCGAUUAAUCUCCCUACACCGAAUCCUCCGCUGACCACCGCCGGCGACACCUAGGUUUCCGGCGAUGGGUUCUACGGAGAACCCUAAUUGGUUCUUGGAGUCCUUGAUCGACGACAUCCCCGUUUCCGAGGGCGAUUUUGCAGGGACCAACGGCGGCUUUUAUUGGACUGCUCAGGGAUUCAACUCUUCCUCUAGCGUCAGUUCAUUUGCAAAUUCUGAUAGCAUCAAAGAACCAGUUAAUGGAAAGCGGUUAACUGCUGCUAGGUCAGAAACUUGUGCUAAACCUGCUACCAAAGCUUGUAGAGAAAAAAUGAGGAGGGACAAGUUGAAUGACAGAUUCAUGGAAUUGGCCUAUCUUCUGGAACCUGGAAAGCAGGCAAAAACUGAUAAAUCGGCAAUUCUAAGUGAGGCUACUUGUAUGUUGACUCAGCUCCGCAAUGAGGUACAAAAGCUUAAAGAAUUAAAUGGAACUCUUGAGGAGAAGACAAAAGAACUUAAGGCCGAGAAGAAUGAACUCCGUGAAGAGAAGCAGAAGCUGAAGGCAGAAAAAGAAAGCUUAGAGCAGCAAAUCAAACUUCUGAAUACAAGGUCUAGUAUCUAUGCUGCUCAUCCGCCCGUUAUACCUACCCCCUUCACAGUCCCUGGUCAACCUGCUGGGCACAAGUUAAUGAUGCCGAUCAUUGGUUACCCUAGCUAUCCAAUGUGGCAAUUCAUGCCCCCUGCCGAUGUCGAUACAUCACUGGAUGCUGAUAAAUGCCCUCCUGUUGCCUAAGCAAACGAACGAUUAAAAAAACAAAAAGUCCAAAUAUGUUAGAAUUGCAGAUGAUUUCAUCAUCAAUUUAAGUUGCUGAAAACUUCAUGGGCAUGCAUGUUUCAGCUUUAUGCCUUUCCCGUAAGAUAUAGAUAUCACCUAUAAAUAAAUUAAUU